UUUUUUUUUUUUUUAAAUGUUAUCUUUUUUUCUGAAUGGGAUUUCUUUUACUGUCCCCCUGCCAAAAAGUGAAGGAAACUCUUAAGCGCUUGUUAACUCUUUAGUUACUGUAACUGACCUGUGUUCAUCAUACCCUUAAGAGGCAAACGCUGAUUUUUUUUUUUUUUCUUUACGUCUGUCUGCAAAUGAACAUUUAUACGAAGGGCUCUGUGUGAGAGAGAGCGUUACGAAAACAACAAGCAUAAAUAACACGCAGGGGAAGCGCUUGUUGGGGUUCGCAUGCGGAUAGUUCCUUCCCGCAGAUUUGCGUGUGUUUUUCUCCGAAACUUGUGGGACGGGCCCCUGUCAGUUUUGACGUGUUUGCUGUUUCAGCCUGUCCGUCCAGUAAGAAGCUAUUAUUUAGCAUUCCGACGGCAGAUGCUCGGCUACGGGGCAGCAUUACUCUCCUUUGUUAUCCGGUGACAGAAGAACAAAAUAUCGGCCAGAAUGAUUAAAAUGCCCAGAUCACGUAGGAUUGUGGUAUUGCUGUGUCUGACGGGAGAAUUCCCAAUUCAGAGAGAAUAAAACCUCGUCCGCUCUGGUUACAGCUUCCCCAGGUCCCCGUCCCUCUUCAGAGCCGCCUCCUAAGCUCACUUGGUCCCCAGCUCACACUUUCCCUGCGGCUGGGAAGGAUUAAGGUGAGGAGCACGGAAGUGGAGGCCUUGAAGAUGGCUCACAUCGAACGAAUCGCUUCCACGUUGGAGUCUACCCUGGGACCGAUCCUGUUCCGGACUCCCUGCGCGGCCGUCUGCGAGCGUUGGGAUCUGCUGGUCGCAUCCGUGGCCUCCGGUGUACAUAAGAAUGAGACCCGGACCUCCCAGAAUGAGGUUCCUGCUGAACCCCUAGAGGAGCUGGCCUACAGACGCUCGCUUCGAGUGGCCCUGGACGUUUUGAACGAGAGCACAGGUCUGCCUCAAGAAAGCCCUUCUAGGGAAGAAAGAACCGCUCCGUGUUCACGGGAGAAGCCCAUGGAACUGGCCGCCUUGCUCUGUGACCCUGCCUCUUCCUGCGUCCAGGAGGCUGUGCCGGGCAGGUCUGGACCCGAGAGGAGGGAGCGUGUCCACCCGAGGCCGUCAGGUUCCCCCACUUGUCAAAAGGACCCCAGGUGCAAGGUGGACCACAAGAAGGAGCUCAGGAAAAGCGCAAGCCCACAAGCCUUGGUGGUCCCGCCAGCCAGAGGGGGUUCUCAGGAUGGUCGUGGGUCGAGAACGUGCUGUGCAAGUCGGACAACCCCUCGUAAAAGGGGAAGAAGUGCAGCGCAGGAGCCCGCCGCGGGCCAGAGCGCACCUUCCGUCUCGGAGGGAGACGAUGAAGAAAGCCGCCUGCCAGCCCCCGGCGCACCUCCCACAGUGAAGGAGGAGGGUCCCUGGGCCAAAGGACGAGACCCCAGCUUACCUUUGCCUGGCCCCACCGGGCCCCCAGCCCCAGGGCGCCCGGCCUGCCCGGACGCCCGAGGCCUCCCUGCCAAGCGGCCUCGCCCCGAUAGUGGCCAGAGGCCACCCGCGGCGCGGCUGGAGCCGGGGGCAGUGGCGUCCCCCAGGCAGGGGCCCGGGAAAUGCAGGGCUCUGCCCGGCGCCGCCGGGCUCCACCUGCCUGCCCCCCGGGCGUCCACGGAGGAGACGGGAGAUCUUCGAGUCGUCGCGGAGGAAGCUAAAGCCCGUCCGACUUCGGGAGAGUCCGUGCAGCGUGCGCCCGUCCGUUCCGUUCUGGAGGAGGAGGAGGACGAAGAGGAGCCCCCCCGCAUCCUGUUGUACCACGAACCACGCUCCUUUGAAGUAGGAAUGCUGGUCUGGCUGAAACACCAGAAGUACCCCUUCUGGCCAGCAGUGGUCAAGAGCGUCCGGCGAAGGGAGAAGAAAGCCAGCGUGCUCUUCAUUGAGGGGCACAUGGACCCGAAAGGGAGAGGCAUCACCGUGUCUCUCCGGAGAUUGAAGCACUUUGACUGCAAAGAGAAACAGGAACUUCUGAACGAAGCCAAGGAGGACUUCGACCAGGCCAUCGGCUGGUGCGUCUCCCUGAUCACGGACUACAGGGUCCGGCUCGAGCCGCCUCUGAUGGUGACCGGGCUCCCCCCUGCCCCCUCUGCAGGCUGUGGCUCUUUUGCUGGCUCCUUUCUGGAAUAUUACGCGGCUGAUAUAAGUUACCCUGUCCGCAAGUCCAUCCAGCAGGACGUGUUGGGGACCAGGUUUCCCCAGCUGAGCAAGGGGGACCCUGAGGAGCCUGUGGCGGGGAGCCCUCAGGGAAGGAGGCGGCCUCGCAGGAAGGUCCUCCCCGACCGCUCGCGGGCUGCCCGGGACCGGGCCAACCAGAAGCUGGUGGAGUACAUCGUGAAGGCCAGGGGCGCCGAGGGCCACCUGCGGGCCAUCCUGAGGAACAGGAAGCCGUCCCGGUGGCUGAAGACCUUCCUGAACUCGGGCCAGUACGUGACCUGCGUGGAGACGUACCUGGAGGACGAGGAGCAGCUGGACCUGGUGGUGAAAUACCUCCAGGGCGUCUACCAGGAGACAGGCAGCAGGGCGCUGGCGCGGAUCAACGCCGACAGGAUCCGCUUCGUCCUGGACGUUCUUCUGCCUGAAGCCAUCAUCUGUGCGAUCGCUGCGGUGGACUCCGUGGAUUACGAGACGGCCGAGGCGAAGUACCUCCGAGGACCUUCGCUCAGCUACCGGGAAAAAGAAAUGUUUGAUAACCAGCUCCUGGAAGAAAGGAGUCAGCGGUGCUGACGCUGGAGGGGCUGCUGCGCGGGUCCUGUGGCCGGUGGGUCCGUGCCAUCCUCGUGGGGGCUGGAGUGUGCGUGCUGCUCAGCUGUGGCUUCUGUUUUCCUGGCUUUUUUUGGAAGGUACAGUUCCUGAAAGGUUUUUGAAGCAAAUGUUUUUAUUUUCCUUCAUAUUAUUAUUUGUGACUGUGCUGUAUUGUUUAACGUAAGGUGCACAUUUGUUUUUUUAUGUUAAAAAGCAUUGUAUCCAGUAUUAAAGGGUUUUAAAACAGCC